ACGAAUAUGUGAUGUAGACGCUGCAAUGUUAUGAAAAUGUCAUAUUUCUGACAGAAAAUGUACUAUUAUCGGCAAGCGUUUUCAUCAGAAGCAUGAACAGUGGAGAAGGGUUAAAGUUUGCUGCCAAAAACAAGUCGGGCCAACAAGUCGGGAAUCUGCUUUUUAAAGAUCCAAAGCCAAACAAAAACAAAAAGUUCGGGUACAAGAAAAGAGCACAGUCCUUUCCGGUUCGGAAAGUCGGUGCUGCCCAGGACUCGGAGGCGGAGAAUAAACCAGCAACCCAGAAGAAGGUCGUCCCAGACAGAUCGGGCUCCCAGAAGAACCGUUCAACCAACCCCCGAGAUGCAGAGCCCAAGCCAGGAAGGAAAACCAACAACCCGGGCGCAGAGCAAGAAACCAGGAAACAGGGAAAAGACUUUGUGAGGAAGAACGUUCAGAGGGUGACCGGGAAGGCAAAAGAUGAAGGAGCCAUUGAUAGAAACACUGUUACUUUGACUCAAGACCAACUGAAUGCAAUCCUGAAAUCUAUCGGACAAGUCGCUGGCAGUGAUAAUGUUGCCAGUAUUGCAAUAGAAAAUGGAGAUGUCAAAGUGAACACUGCAGAGAAAGACACACCUCAGGAAAAGGGGGAUGAGUCAAAGCAGAAAGAAGAGGACUCUACUGCGACGAAUGAAAACAGAGUCACUAGUGCUGCAGCCUCUGAGAACAUCCUGUCGUUGUUGUCGAAGACCAACAAGAAGAAUGAGAAAUUCCCCAACUCUGCCCCCAGCAGUAAACCUCCAACGCCGAGCAAGACACCAGCCAGCAUCACUAACACCACAACAUUGCCCAAAGAGGAUGCCAAGGAGAAAGCUCCGAGGAAGGAGGAGGCAACUACAGGAGAGAAUAAGAAAGAUAGUCACCAGACAGACUUUAAGGAGUUGGAGUUUGCUAACCUUAGCUUGGCUGAAAAGAAAAGGAGGAUAUGGAAGCAAGAACUGGAUGAGCAAGUGGCACUGAAGAGACAACAGGUGGAGCAGGAGAAAUAUGUCAGGGAUGUAGCAAGUCGGAUGGGUGGACCACAGUAUGGAGCUGCAACACGCAGUCAGUAUGAAGAAAAAGCUGCACCAUCAAGACAAGCUGUUCAGAAUGACGAGCUGAGAAAAUCUACUGAGAAUUUCUCACCAGACUCGUCACCCCGUGGUGUCGCUCCAUCAAGUCUUGGUGUGAUUGCAACCCAGAGAGCUGUACCUGCUGCCAUGAGAGCAUCCUUCCUUAUCGGGGGUCAGGGGUCAGCUGGUUCACGAGUAAGUGACUAUAAUGCUCAAUUGAAGAAAAGACAACAGCAGGAAUGGCUCCAAGAAUUAGAACAACAGCGCAUCGAGGCAGAACAACGCAAGCGAAAUGAUAAACAACGUCAGCGAGAAUCAGACUCAGAUCUGACCCAUCAGUGGGCUGAGCCUGUGAACCCACCGAGGACGCAGCAAACCACCCAGGCCCACCAGGGAAGAGUGAGGGAUGACACUGCCCUGAUUGGGAGAGGGUCUGAGCGAGAAGCAGUGUCUGAGAGGCAGGAGGUGGUGGAACAACCCCGAAGUGCACCCCCACAGGGAGGGGAUGCCCUGGGGGAAAGCGGGUCACUUACAAACCGCUCAGAGGAAAGGAGUCACAUCAGAGCUAACAAUAUGCUCGUUGAUCCUGCUGAAAUGGAGAGACGGGAAAUAAAGAAACAGAAGCACAUGGAACACAUGCUUGCAGUAAAAGCCCAAGUGGAGGAGAAGCAGAGAUUAAAGAGAGAGGCAGAUGAGAGGAGACGCCGUGAGGAGUCUGAGCAAGAAAUGAGGAUUGUCCAGCAGAGGGAAAACCUCCAACAUCAAUUUGACUUGGACAAAAACAAGAAGAGGAAGAAAGAGGAAGAAGAAGCAGCCAGACAGAAAGCCUUAGCAGAUAGCAUGCAGACAGCUUACCAAGAAGCUCAGCAGGAGAAGCACCAGAAGAGAAUGGAUAAACUGGGCAGGAUGGGACACGAUACCUCGAACCUCAGACGAAGCUGGGAUAACCAGAAUGGCAGUCUGGAGGGUCAUCCUCAACAGCAUACUAUCCCCCAGACUGCCUACCAGACUACCUACCAGGCCUCCCCAAGGAUGCAGCAGCCCACAGAACCCCAACCUGUCAGGCACUCUCCUCCAGCUCCAGCUGCCCAUCAUGUGAAUGAUCAGGUGACACAUCAUGUGACGCAUCAGGUGGGGCACCAGGUAGCGCACCAGGUGGCGCAUCAGGUGACAGAGGCGCCAGUAAUGGUAGAUGCGUUUACAUCGCCUGUGUAUGACCAGGCUGUUCAAACAGAAUUUCAUUUCCCACCAAAUGGAGAUAUCUCACUUCAGACUGUUCAAAUGGGCCGAGAACGAAGUGCUGGUAUUGAAUACAAGCCAGGAAGGCAACAGGCUAAAGGGGAACCAGGAAAAGGCAAGAAAUCAGAUCGAACUCAAAUGGAGAAAACCAAGGAGAGGAGAACCAGAACUGUGAGAGAAGAACCUCAACAGGUCAAGCAGGUCAAGAAUAAACGGCAAACUCAACGGACUUCACGGGCCUCGUCCCCAGGUUCUGAGCAGGAUUACACCCGAAAUAAACCAGUGGGGGUAGCCGAGAGGCCUGUAUGGGGCGCCAGCUCCAAGAAUAAAAAAUUACAGCGGAAUUCAGACAAAGACUUGACUGUCAGCAAGAAAAAGAGGGACGAGCGACGGAAACAGCGGGCAGCAGAUCUUCUUGCCGAGCAGGAACGGAACGCACCGGUCAGACUUACCAAGACAAAGAGGCCAAAAUCACCCGUGGAAGACACUAGAAGGGAAAAACCAAUACGCGGGACUAAGCCAGCCAGAUCCAGAGUGGUCAGUAGUGCUACAACCAACGAGGGUCGGAACCACGAGGGUCGGACGGACUCGAUGAGAGACAGGGCGGACUCACAGCCACGGACAGACAGGAGAAGCUAUCUCCCUGACACACCACCCCUGAAAAAUGGUGACUUUGUUCCAUUCCUGCGUACUGAUGAACCUGUGAUGAGUGAGGAUAGCGUUCCUGUAACCCCAGAAUCAAGGCAGAUGCAGAGACAGAGGAAGAUCAUCAAGACGAUUGUUGCCGAUGAUGCUCCAAGACAUCAUCAGGGGAGGGAGGAAAUCAGGAAGAUAUCUGUACAGACUGAGAAAGAUCCACUCUUGAAUCCCGAGAGAUUGAAAGACUCUGAACAGAGACAGGAGAGAAUUUUACAACAGCUGUCACACCUCAGACAGGGUUUAAUGAUGAAACAACGUGAGAUGGAACUGGGUCUUAGCAGCCCUGUCACAAUGUGAGAUAGACACCCUCAAUUCCCCUCACCCCUACACACACACUGAAUAGAGACAGGAGAGAAUCUUACAACAGCUAUCCCACCUCAGACAAGGUUUAAUGAUGAAACAACGUUAGAUGGAACUGGGUCUUAGCAGCCCUGUAACGAUGUGAGAUAGACACCCUCAAUUCCCCACACCCCUACACACAAACUGAAUACAAGCAGGAGAGAAUCUUACAACAGCUAUCCCACCUCAGACAGGGUUUAAUGAUGAAACAACGUUAGAUGGAACUGAGUCUAAGCAGCCCUGUAACGAUGUGAGAUAGACACCCUCAAUUCCCCUCACCCCCUACACACACACGAAAUAGAAGCAGGAGAGAAUCUUACAACAGCUAUCCCACCUCAGACAGGGUUUAAUGAUGAAACAACGAGAGAUGGAACUGGGUCUAAGCAGCCCUGUCACAAUGUGAGAUAGACACCCUCAAUUCCCCUCACCCCUACACACACACUGAAUACAAGCAGGAGAGAAUCUUACAACAGCUAUCCCACCUCAGACAGGGUUUAAUGAUGAAACAACGUUAGAUGGAACUGGGUCUUAGCAGCCCUGUAAUGAUGUGAGAUAGACACCCUCAAUUCCCCUCACCCCCUACACACACACGAAAUAGAAGCAGGAGAGAAUCUUACAACAGCUAUCCCACCUCAGACAGGGUUUAAUGAUGAAACAACGUUAGAUGGAACUGGGUCUUAGCAGCCCUGUAAUGAUGUGAGAUAGACACCCUCAAUUCCUCCCAGCCCUCUGAUAAUCUGAGGAGCGACAUCCCACCUCCUACAGCUAUUCCACCUCAGACAUGUGCUCAAGUUCAUAGAGCUGCUUAAGCACAACAAAGUUUAAUGCUUACCAGAAUAAGGUUACCAGCCAAAACACAUGUAACAUUACCAUCUGUAACUGGUAAUCUGCUCGUAUUUGUUAAGCAGAAUUGAAAAGAAAAAAAAUUCUGCUUUAGUAGCUCUUUGAAAUUGGGCCAUGGUCUUAUGAUGAAGAAAACAAAAGAUUUGUUUAAACCAGUGCCUGAUUUUAUACAGAGAUGAGAUUCAACUGUGAUGGUUCUUUUUUUUUUUAAUUAUCUCCGUAGAAUGUUGUAGUGUGACACCACAUUUUGCAUAACAUUGAGAUUGAUUCAUGGGCUCGCCGAUUAUAAUUACAGAUAUUACGGCCUUUUUGACCUUUACCCCCCAAAAAAGUUUGAACAAAACUUGGAUAAUCAAUUGUUCUUACUGUUUGGACAUGGAUGGUUUAUUAUCUACAGUUUCCACUGUGUAAUACAGCUUGAAUUAUUAUAGUACUGCCAUGACUUCUAAAAAUUAUUUAAAAACUAGUAUUCAACCUCAAGGCCUGGAAUUUCAAUGUGUAAGAGCCAGAAUUUCUAAAAAGACAUUUGGAAAUUCCAUUCAAGGGUAUAGAGAUCAGGCAGGUGUAAGGGAUGUGACCCCCUCGCACCCAAAAUAAUGAUUUUCUUAAUCAAUUUUUUUAGCCUCAGUCACCGAAUGAAUCACUCUAGAACAUGGACAUCCAUGUUUAAGUAAAGCCAUUUUUCCAAUAACAGUUCCUGGUUUUCCUUUAAGCACACUGAUUUGCAAGAAUGUUCUCCAUUUGACUUUCUGCAUACAGUGGGGUUGCCUGGUGGGAGUGCAGGUUUUUUUCAGCCCAGACCAUUUUAAGAUUUGAAAUGGUGUAGAUAACAUUGAUAAUAAUAAUAAUGAUAAUUUGGGAGGCUUAGUCAUCCUUACUUGUAGACUUGGUUCCAAGUCUUUGGUCGUGGCUUUUUAGUCGUCCUGAUAGCCGCUACCAACAGCACUUUCUUGUGAUCAACCUCCGACAUUUAGCCUACGAUAGAUUGCGAGUUAGGGCGCGUGAUAGCUCAUAAUGUGGGGGCGUUUUUCGUGGCUGAGAUGCAGAAGAAUAACUGCGAUCUAAGACUUGAGUCAAGUCUACCUUACUUGCAGCUGAGAAGCUGAUUUGCAAAAGACGUAACCUCAGUGUGUUUGAGCUGCAGGCAUACAAGGGUGUCUCUUGGCAGCCAGGCACAUCAACCCAUCUAUGAACACCAAGCACAGCCAGAGAUUGAAAGUGCUUUAUUUUUUCCGAAGGGAGGAAAACCGGAUGGCCCAGGGAAAAAACCUAGGGAAAUAUGGCCUAAUACUGGAAUGAAACCAGGGCCACAUUUGUGAGAGGCGGGCUCUUUACUCACUAGCCACUCAUGGUAGUGUAAGGAAGUCAGGAUACUGGCUUUUAUACACACUCCUUCAAUUGAGUUCAGUCAGCACAUUUGCUUCUGUACAUCCUCCUAAACAAGUUACCCUUCUUGCUUCGUCCCUUAGGCCAUUUUUCUGGCCAACAUUGGUAACGACUUUCUUGGUAUAACUGAAAUUGCAGGCCUUUUUCUAUUUAUACAUAAGUGUACAUAAACUGUAUUAUAUGUUAAGGAAUUGUUGUGACAUGGAUAAAUUUUAUGCAGUUUUUUUAUAGAAUCUGAAAUAAGUGAAUGUGUUUUGUGUUGUUCUAUAGAGGGUGGUUCAAUAUAGGGAACAAUUAUCGUUUCACAAAAGUGUUAAAAACUCCCAUGCUGAAAGAAUGGUAGGUAGCUCAAGAUCCCAUGCUGAAAGAAUGGUAGGUAGCUCAAGAUAUCAGUGGUUUUUGAGUUACAAUAAACACCAUUGCAUGAUUAAGUAAUGUAGUACUUAUCAUACAAUGGUGUUGGGCUAAAUCUUAAACCGUUGUUUAGCGCCCAAUGAUAACAAAGUUGUGACUAUUUGUUAGAAAUUUGUUUUGGGGACUUGUGAUUUACUUGUAAUAUGGGUUUUGUUAAAAUGGCUUGCAGAACAAUUUUAUAGGUAAUACUUAAAUAACUUGAAUGUUUUCAGAAAGGCUAUCUGACAUUCUUUUCAACAGAAUUUACACAUGCCAAGGAAUGAGUGUAUAAACAAUUUGGUUUAAUAAAGAUUACAUGUAUGUUUAAAUAUGUAUCAUACUCUAUUACAAACAAAUUUGUAGCUGUGGAAUGUGUACAUAUCAUUCAAUAAAAAAAAUGAUGAGUUCA